AGAGGAAAGGUAGAUCAACUACCAAUAAAUUAAUACUUAUAGGACUAUCAAAGUUUGUGUGGACUUGGUGAAGUACAGAAAUCAAGUUAUUCAUCCUAUCGCAGUAACAAUGGCAACUAAUCACAGAAAGAAGCAGGUGAUAGCAAUAAUAGGAGCUGGAAUAAGUGGUCUCUUGGCCUGCAAAUACAGCCUUUCAAAAGGUUUCGAUCCCAUAGUGUUUGAAUCCGAGGACAGCAUUGGGGGUGUGUGGACUAAGACCAUUGAGAGUACCAAGUUGCAGACACCAAGACCUUUUUACCAGUUCUCUGAUUUUCCAUGGCCUGAUUCUGUAACCGAUAUGUUCCCCGGCCAACAAGCUGUAAUGGAGUACAUUGAAUCGUAUGCUCGUCACUUCGACUUGCUCCGACACAUUCAGUUCAAUAGCAAAGUGUUGAGCCUCAGUUAUGAAUCUGGUGGCGGCUCUGACGGAGAUCAAUGGAAUUUGUGGGGCGGCGCCGGGGAGCCUUUAAGCAGUAAAGGGAAGUGGAAUGUCACUGUACAGGACACUCAAAACCCCUCCCCGCAGGUAUACCAAGUUGAUUUUGUAGUGGUUUGCGUGGGAAGAUUCAGCCAAGUUCCAAACAUCCCUGAAUUUCCUCUAAAUAAAGGUCCCGAAGUAUUUGAGGGUAAAGUUAUCCAUUCAAUGGAUUAUUCCAAAAUGGACUCCACAACUGCAACCAACUUCGUCAAAGGAAAACAUGUAGCCGUCAUUGGGUCCCAGAAAUCAGGAAUGGACAUUGCCAUGGAAUGCUCCAUAGUUAAUGGGAUUGAACGUCCAUGCACAGUAAUAACCAGGACACCACAUUGGAACAUUCCCGAUUAUUUUCCAUGGGGAUUCCCUUUGGCAUAUCUCUACCUAAAUCGAUUCUCCGAACUUAUGGUGCAUAAACCCGGCGAAGGCCUUCUUCUAAGUCUCCUCGCCACAACUCUUUCACCAUUGAGGUGGGCCUUCUCAAAAUUUGUAGAAAGUUAUUUACAACACAAACUCGGGCUUGCAAAACAUGGAAUGGUGCCAGAUCAUAGUUUCUUAAAGGAAUUGAGUUCAUGUUUAAUUUCUAUAGUGCCUGAGGGCUUUUAUGACAGAGUUGAGGAAGGAAGUAUCAAGCUCAAGAAAACAAAGAGCUUUGGAUUCUCAAAAGAAGGCAUCGUGCUCGAGGGUCAGGCUGAACCAAUAAAAUCCGACUUAGUCAUACUCGCUACUGGCUUCAAGGGAAUUGAUAAGCUCAAACACAUUUUUGAAUCACCAAAAUUCCAAGGCUUCAUUGCAGGGAAAGAUGAUUAUGCAGUUCCUCUCUAUAGGGAAUGCAUUCAUCCCCAAAUUCCACAACUGGCAAUAAUUGGAUUCUCAGAAAGUGUAGCAAAUCUAUACACCUCGGAAAUAAGAUGCCGAUGGCUGGCAGAACUUCUUGAUGGAAAAUUUAAGCUACCUAAUAUCAAGGUCAUGGAGAAAGACAUAGCAGAAUGGGAUAAAUACAAGAAGAGAUAUUCAUAUUCGAAGAACUACAGGAGAUCAUGCAUCGCUGCGUUGCAUAUUUGGUACAAUGACCAACUGUGCAGGGACAUGGGCUGGAAUCCUAAGAGGAAAAAGGGUCUUUUGGCUGAGUGGUUCGAUCCUUAUGGACCAAUGGAUUACGCCGGCUAACAUAUAGUAUAAGAGUCUCUUUCAUCUGUGUCUCGCUUGUUUUUAAAAUCCUGCUGUACUUUUCUUAUUUUCUUUCGUGUUGAUGGUCGGGUACUUUACAGCUUGUUUGGAUGGUUGUUACCUGCUCUAUUGUAUGAGACUGUUACUUUAAAUCCAAUGUUUGUUUUGAUUGUUACUUAA